UGUAAGUUUCUCACCAGAAACAGCUAUGGCAGCUACAAAUAAUAUAGCUCCACGUGUAGCCAUUUUCCUGUUUCUAAGUUGUUCUUCAUUUGCAGCUGCUGCAAAACAUGUCUAUGAAUCGAAGCCUUUCAACCGCACUGAUUUUCCACCUGGUUUUCUUUUUGGAGCUGCUUCUUCUGCUUAUCAAUUUGAAGGUGCUGCAUUUGAAGGUGGGAAAGGACCAAGUAUUUGGGAUACUUUCACUCACCAAUUUCCAGAAAAAAUAGCUGAUCGAAGCAACGGUGACGUGGCUAACGACUUUUAUCAUCUAUAUAAGGUAAAAAAAAAUCUUCUGUAAUUUAAUUUUACUAUG